AUGCACGAACUAGAUGAGGAAUACUUGGGUUUCAAAUGGAAAAGCAAGUAUUACGUUUUCAAAGUUCUGUCAUUUGGCCUUAGUACAGCGGGAUACAUAUUUUCUAAAGUCAUGAGAGAGGUAGUCAAGUUUUGGAGGUCAACAGGUCAUAAAAUUGUCAUGUAUUUAGAUGAUGGUAUGGGCGGUGCUGCAACAUUACACGAAGCAGAAUUGUAUUGGUGUGCAGGAUCAAGCGCUGUUGAUGCGUUAUCUCAGAUGUGGACUGAUCAUUUGAACUGGGUUGUACCCCCUCCAAAAUUAAUUCCUUCAGUGUUUACAGGAAUAGGACUCCGGGACAGCAUUAAAAGAAAUGCAGAAAAACAUGGCGUUGAACCUGGAAGUUAUAUGGCUGAUCUGUGUCCAUAUUUAAGCAGCUGGAUUUUGUCAAGUAAAAGUAAUAACACUAACAAAUCCUACUUUAACGCUUUUAAGAGAUGGGAAAAUUUCAUUAAAGUUCAAGGACAUAGUGCGUUGCCGGCGAGUCCCAUGCAUGUGGCAUUAUACCUGACGCAUUUAUUACAGAACGGGUCAUCUCAACAUCCUGUGAACGUUGCCGUGUAUGCGAUUAAGUGGGCUCAUGAAUGUGCAGGUUUACCAGAUCCAACGAAGAAUUCGUACGUUUCAUCUCUACAAGAAGCUGCAAGACGGAAAGCUAGUCGUGCUGUGCAGAAAAAAGAGCCUAUUACCAAGGAUGUGUUAAUUGAACUUUGUGAUAAAUUCAUUGACGAAAAUUAUUUGCUAAUUGUCAGAAAUCUUACCAUGAUUUUAUUUUGUUUCGCUGGUUUCCUUAGGUUUGACGAAGCUAUUUCUUUAACAUUCAAUGAUGUGAUUGUACAUGAUGAAUAUCUUGUGCUUUGUAUUAAAAAAUCCAAAACAGAUCAGUAUAGACAAGUAAGCGAAGUCCUUGUUGCUAAGGGUUCAACGUCUGCAUGUCCUGUCAAUAUGUACAAGAAAUACCUAGAGCUUUUAGGAAUUCAUUCUUUAAGGGCAGGUGGGGCAACUGUGGCAGCUAAUUCAAAUGUGGAUGAGAGAUGUUUGAAAAAGCACGGUAGAUGGAGAAGUGAUAGUGCUAAAGAUGGUUACAUUGUAGAUUCUUUGGAAAAAAGGCUUAUGGUCUCAAGGUCAUUGGAAUUAUAA